AUGAAGAAAUCUGUUCCCCGGGGUAGUUAUGAAGAGCAAAUGACUAGCUUUGAAGGUGUUGAUUUGACAGCUGUAAGUUGGAAGGACAAUAAACCGGUCACUUUCCUAUCUUCAUAUGUUGGUGCAGAACCUGUUUCUCUAGUAGAAAGAUUUGAUAAAGUUAAUAAGACCAGGAUCAAGAUUACAUGCCCACGUGUAAUAAAAGAGUAUAAUGCCCAUAUGGGCGGGGUGGAUCUUCUGGAUAGCUUCAUUGGUAGGUAUCGUAUAUCAAUGAGAAGCCGUAAGUGGUACCUACGUAUAUUUUACCAUCUGUUGGAUAUGACAGUAAUAAAUUCCUGGCUUGUUUAUAAAGACUUGAAAGGUACUGAAGCAACUUCAUCAGUUCUGAAUUGGUGUCAAUAUAGACUGGAACUAGCUGAGGUUCUAGCUAAUAUAAAUACUGCAUCUGAACCCUGUAACAAAUGA